AUGGCGCAGCCAAACCUUAUUCGUAUUGACCCUUUUUCUGAUGAUGAAAAUGGUGGUGAUGGUGAUGCAAAUGAUGGUGAUGAUGAUGCUCCUCUUGCGUUGGAUGAUACAAAUGCCUUCUUGAAUGGGGAUUUGAAGGAGGAAGUUUACAUGGUACCUCCACCUGGUGUCUCUUAUAACCCAGGUGAGCGUACUUCUACUAGGUGUAUCAUUCUUUCUUUGUAUGUUGAUGAUAUGAUUAUUACGAGUGAUGAUGUUGAUGGUAUUAUGGACUUGAAUAAGAUGUUGGCUCAAGAGUUUAACAUGAAGGAUUUGAGGCCACUCCACUACUUCUUGGGAAUUGAAGUAGCCUACUCCCCUAAAGGUUACUUGCUCUCCCAAUUGAAGUAUGUUGCAGAUAUUCUUGACCGCGCUUACCUCACUAAUAGUCAGAGUAUUGAUACUCCUCUUGAGGUUAAUGCCUGCUACACUCCCAUUGAUGGUAUUCCCAUACUAGAUCCCACCUUGUAUUGUACUAUUGUUGGUAGUUUGGUCUAUUUGACUAUUACUCACCCAGAUAUUGUGUAUGUUGUCCACAUCAUGAGUCAGUUUGUUGCUUCAUCUACAUCUGUGCAUUGCUUUGUGCCUACUCUAAUGCGGAUUGGGCUACUAAUCCUACUGAUCGAAAAUCCACUUCCGAAAUUUUGCAUAUUUUUAGGCGACUCCCUUAUUUCUUGGAAAAGCAAGAAGCAGGCAGUUGUUUCACACUCUUCUACCCAGGUUGAAUAUCGUGUGAUGGCAUCUACCACGAUUGAGAUUGUGUGGUUACGUUGGUUCUUGGCUGAUAUGAGUGUUAUAUUUUAUGCUCCUACUCCUUUACAUUGUGAUAAUAGGAGUGCUAUCUAG